GCUUUUCUCCCAGGCGUUUGUCCUGUACUAGCCAGGUGUCACCAAGCACUGCACCAAGACUCAAGUCCACGCGGUUGUCAUGUCAAAGCGAAAACAAGUCUUGGAUCAAGAAAACCCAAAGGACUCUGGGGUAUUUUCUUUGCAUUUUUGGUUUGGCUUGUUUCAGAUGUUGCCCUUGAGCCCUGCAGAAAAGUUGAUUCUGCCAGCCAUGAUGCUUCUUGUUGACUUCUUUUAUCUUGCCAUUUUUAGGAUUUUUGCAUUAAUUAGUGGUUUUUUGGAUCUGUUCCAGUAUCGGGUGCUGAUACGUCUUUGAUUCUUGGAUACACACUUUCUGUAUUUUAAAGAUUAAUUUUACAAUAAAUGUAGUUCUCUUAAAGCUUCCAAUUUAAAAAAACUAGAGUAAUUAGGAAAUCCAAAUGGUAUCAAGCUGAUGCAUUACUUUUUCUGGCCCAGUGAAGGCACCGUGGGUUCUCUUCCCUGCCUGCUAACCCAGCUAUUUGUAACUGCUGUGCAGAAACAUGCUUGAUGAAGUAUUUGCUGCUCUCCGUUAUUAUUUUAAGUUAUAGUAUAUUAAUCAUUUUCUUUGCGGGUAUUUUUGCUAAAUGGUGCUGAAAAUUAGGUUAUAAGGAAUUCAGUAGCUCCUUAAAGCAUAGAUAGUCAUAGAGUUAUGAAUAAAAUAGGAAAAUGAGCUAAAUUAUCAUAAAUUGUGCUUGUGUGAUGGUUUAGAGGGGGAUGCAUUCAGAAUAGGCCUCCUGUACUAAAAGGCUGCUCCUCUACCUUCUGAACCUUUCCCGCAGAGGAUCAGAAGAACCACCAGAGAGGCCUGGUACCAAACUCACUUCUUAUUAACCUUGCCCUUGCAGCCCUGAGCAACUGGUAGUAGGAUUCUGCAUCAGUCCUGCCUUCUCUAUGUGUGUGUGAGCCUUGCUGCAAGCGCCGGAGGGUUUGAGAGGUGAAUCUGGCCAGUGGGAAGGGCACAAAAGGGAUUCAAGUAAUGGAUCCUUCCAGAAGCUUGGGAGGACUCCAGUGGUGCCAGGUCAUCCUUCAGCACUUCAGACAACAAAGGGAUGACUAAUUCCAGGUGGUCUAGGCAGCCAAAAAUCAGAGUUCGGCCACAAAGUUUUGUUUAAGAAGGUCUGGAGGGGUCAUUAUCUAUUUCUUUUGAAGUUCUAAACUUAAAAUAGCAAUUAUUUGACUUAAACUCAGGUGUUGUCUUACAGGUGCUGGUGGGUGUAGGUGUUAACACUAGCAGCCUGGCCAAACUGUACUCGAGUAGGUAGUAACCAACUCCUGAGAGCAUCCCUGCACCGUUGCUGGAGGUACAGGCUGUCCAGAGGAUGCACACAGUUGUGUCAUUUGUGCGUGCUCGCAGUAGAAGAUGGUAAAGACGUGUGUGUGGGUACUCGUGGUGGAACAGCUCUUCUGUUCCUGGGAGCUGGGUGCUGAGCUGAGAAAUGGCAGUCAGCAAAGCCCCAUUAAAUGGCAUUUAUCUGAACAAAGUGUUACAGGCAGCUGCAGUUCAUUGGCUGAAGAAAAAUUAAGAAAAGGGCAGCACAAACGAGUGUUGCUCUGUGAGAGUUACUCAAAGUCACAGCAGCUUUUUAUAGAGCUCUUUUACUCUGCUCUUGUCAGCAGAGUUUUUACUCUUUCUGGGAGAGAGAAGCCUUCCUGGGCCUUACCUAAAGACCUUAAAAAAAAUCAAACUACUUCAGCUAUUUCAUACCACUUUCUAUUAAAUGUGAGGAGAUUUCACUUAGCACACACUGUGCCACCUGGAGAGUGUACAAGCCUCACUCUUGGCAAAGCCUGCGUUUCUUGUUACGGGCUUUAGGGAAUUCAUGUCAAUGCUGAGAAUGUGGCAAAACCAGUGACCAGUCAGAUAAAGCCUUUAGCUUGAAUCUGCUUUUGCUUCCUGAGCCCCAUCAUGUAGUGAAUACAUACAACUCCUACUUAAAAUGAGGGAUUCUUUAUGCAGCCCUGCCGUGCCCCUAUGGGUCGGUGUGUAGCUGUUUAUCUAAGUCUAUAGGUGGUGCUAAAGCAGCAACAACCUCAUUGGUGCCUCCAAUAUUUUGCAAUUUCCUAGUCUGAUGACUUUUUUUCCAAGUGUAGAGGCGGUGUGAAGAGAGGUAGGGUUUUUUUUCCUGUAGUCAUUACCAGGUGACGUGUGCCAAGUUAAGCAAGAUAAAUCGUUGAACAAAGUGCACCUGCAGUUGAAUGCUGCCAGUUUUCACCAAGGAGCAGGCUGGGCAGCACAGCUACAGAAGCCUCGAUCUCUGGGAGUUCUGAAGGCUGGAAAAAGCACAAAUCCCAAAAUUUUACCAUGAAGAGCUCCAGAAACGUCUUCUAUCUUCUCUUCUUUCAUGCUGCUCUCGGCCUGGAACGCCUCCGCUGGUGCACUGUCUCCCAGCAAGAACUUUCCAAGUGUAAUGACAUGAGUAAGGCCUUUGCUGGGGCUGGCAUCCUCCCCCCUCUGGAGUGUACAGCUGGAGGUUCAGCGGCCAACUGUACCCAGAUGAUCAAGGAUGAUUUGGCAGAUGCGGUGACCCUGGAUGGCCGUUUAAUUUACCAGGCUGGAAAGGAGCUUGGUCUGAAACCUGUGGUUGGGGAAGUAUAUGAUCAAGAGAUUGGAACUGCCUAUUAUGCCGUGGCUGUGGUAAAGAAGGGCUCCAACAUCACCAUCAACAGCUUGAAGGGCGUCAGCUCAUGUCACACAGGCAUCAACAGGACGGCGGGCUGGGACGUGCCGGUGGGAUAUCUAGUGGACAGCGGGCGCCUGGCAGCCAUGGGCUGUGACCUUCCAAAAGCUGUGAGUGAGUAUUUCAAUGCAAGCUGUGUUCCUGGAGCAAAUGGUGCCAACUAUCCCAAAUCCCUCUGUCAGCUCUGCAAAGGGGACUCGGCUGGGCAGAACAAAUGUGAACGGAAUUCCCAAGAGCAAUACUAUGACUACAGCGGUGCUUUCAGGUGUUUGGCUGAAGGUGCUGGAAAAGUCGCUUUUGUGAAGCACAGCACAGUGCCUGAAAACACUGAUGGAAGAAGUCUUUUUUCGUGGGCCCGGAAGCUUCGCUCCCAGAACUUUGAGCUCCUGUGCCGUGACGGCAGCACAGCUGAUGUGACAGAGUGGAGAACCUGCCACCUGGCCCGAAUCCCGGCUCGGGCUGUGGUUGUGCGGCCAGACACAGAUGGGACAGUUGUCUUCCAGCUCCUGAACCAGGGACAACAAAGAUUUAACGGGGUAGACACCAAGUUUCAGAUGUUUGACUCUGCAGCCUACACUGGCCAGAAUCUCCUGUUCAGAGACGCCACCACAGAGCUCGUUGCAAUCACAGCUCAGAAUUACCAGGCCUGGCUGGGUGAUGAGUAUCUUCACGCCAUGCAAGCUCUGAGCUGCAACCCCAACACGUUGCCAGAAAGCCUGAACUGGUGCGUUGUAUCCACUGAGGAGAUUUGGAAAUGUGGUGAAAUGGCCGUUGCCUUUAGGAAAAAGAAUUUGAAACCAGCAAUUCAGUGUAUGUCAGCCAAGACAAAGGAGCAGUGCAUGGAGCUGAUCCAGAGAAAGGAAAUUGAUGCUGUGGUUCUGGGUGGAGCUGAUAUUUACACAGCUGGGAAGACAUACGGCCUUGUACCAGCUGCUGGAGAAAGUUACUCUGCUGAUGACACCAGCAACGCGUACUAUGCUGUGGUAUUAGUGAAAAGAAAUUCCUCCAAUGCAUUCACCAUCAGUGACCUGAAGGGGAAGAAGUCCUGCCACACAGGACUGGGGAGAAACGCUGGGUGGAAUAUCCCCAUUGGUAUGCUCAUUAAGAGGGGCAUUAUUAAGACCAGAGGCUGUGAUAUUCCUCAAGCGGUGAGCGAGUUCUUCUCUGCCAGCUGCGUGCCUUCAGCUAAGCAGGACAAUUACCCGGCAAAACUCUGCCAACUGUGUAUUGGAGAUAACAGUGGAAACCAUAAAUGCAGCGCAAGUAGCCUGGAGCGUUACUACAGCUACAGUGGAGCCUUCAGGUGCCUGGCACAGGACUCUGGGGAUGUGGCCUUUGUGAAGCAUUCAACAGUGUUUGAGAACACAGAUGGUAAGAAUACUGAGAGUUGGGCCCAAAACUUGAAGUCCAGUGAUUUCCAGUUACUGUGUCUAAAUGGUGCCCGUGCUGAAGUCGACCAGUUUGCUGAGUGUCACCUGGCUCGAGUGCCAGCUCAGGCUGUUAUGGUUCACCCCAAUACCAGCGUCUUUGCCCUGUAUGGACUGCUGGACAAAGCCCAGGCCUACUUUGGAAAUAGCAGCAAUGAAAAUGGAUUCAAAAUGUUUGAUUCUUCAACUUUUCAAGGAAAAGACUUGAUCUUCAAGGAUUCUGCUGUGGAGAUUGUGCCAGUAGAGGAGAGGAGGACGUACGCAGAAUGGCUGGGGAGUGAAUAUAUCGAGUCCCUUGAAGGGAUGCAAACACCAGAGUGCGCUGGGGCAGGGAAUCAGAUAAGACAAUACCUGCUCAUGACAACUGUCAUUCCCCUUCUUACUUUAUGUCAGAUACAAGCCUUGGACUAGCAGGGCCCAACUGGCAACUUCCACCUCUUCUUCAGAUCACCACCUCUGCCCUACCACCUCUUCUUCAGAUCAGCUGCUGUUUGGAUAACGUCUUGUGCUCACAUUUGAAUGCCUCUUCCUGACUCUUUGCAGGGCAAGUGCUAACAGCCCCUCUCGUCAGGGGUGUGGGGUGGGGCUGGAAGCUGCCCCUGUCUGUGGGGAUGGGGUGGAAUUUGGGGCAGAAGCCAGCAAUACAGUGUCAUCAUGAUUUACAAGAUCAGUCCAAAACUGGAGCAUCUUUGCCAUCAUUGCUGAUGUUGAACUACCCUGGGCUGGAGGAAUCCCAGGUGCUGUUAGUUGGAUACUGGGUUUCUGACCUGUAGAAGAAUUUCUGCAUCAAAAAUCUUGUCUAGUGAAUCCUCUGGCCUUCUGGCUGGUUACAUUCAGGCUCCUCCAUACCUGCUUAUCCCAUCCUACCCUGCUGCUGGCAACAGUUUCUCCUGAGCUCUGCUGCCAGAAGAAGUAAGUGCACAGAGCACAGACAGGCUGUGGACAGAGAGAUGACUUGCAGUCCAGAAUUCAGCUUCUGCCACGGUCAAGGUCCUCCACCUUCUAGUAGAAGAAAGGAGGGAGAAUCUCUGAAGUCACUAGUUAGCCAGAAGAAACUUGAAGGCCAGAGAGACUUGAAGGGACUACCUGUUAGCAGAGAGAGAAUCAAGCCAAAUGUGUGCAUCCACUGAGCUUCUUGACUUUCCACAACCAGUGCUCUCACUGCUUGAGAUGUCUGCCCUGUUGCAGCUGUCCUCCUACAUGGGGUUACCUGAGUGCCUGUGCAUGAAACUUCUAUUUGCUGUUAGUGAAACAAAGCAGUUGACUUCUGAUUAACUGUUUGUAGACCUACUGGCUUGUAGAAUACUGUUUUUAUUUUUAACUCUGGCUGCAAUAACAACAGAUGUUGCUGUGAUGCUGGCAGGCAGCCUCCUCCUGACUGCAGCUACCACCUCAUGAUUCUGGGAUAAAAAGAUAUUCAACAUUAAAAAAAAAGGUAAAGCUAGAUAAUGAUAAUAAUAAUAAUGUAAAUAAAUGAAAACUAACAAAUAAACACAAGAAGUAAUUACAACUUAUCCAGACUUUGGCUGAUAGCUAAACUACAUAGUGUUAAUUUCCCCGGAAAGUGCAAAACUAAGUCCUUGCAUCUCUUAUCCCACUUCCCAUCUUUUCUUACCCAUUUAAUUUCCUCCAAGGUUACCUGGGUUUAAGAGAGAAAGAGACAAAAUAUGGCCUUUGGCUAUUUAAUAUUAGAUUUUAGAGCUAUGUCUGCAGCAGCAUCCCAAACCACAGUUACAGAGGAUUGAAGUCCUUGGGUGUGAGCUCUGCUCAUGUCAGCCAGGGACCCAUGGCACCUCUGGCCAUUUAGUUGAAGCCUCUGAGCCAUGGUUUUCUGUGUGUAUACCUUUGAAUAUGCUGUGUUAAAUUUUACCUGUCAAAUACAUAGCUGAUGUAUUAGAUACUCCACGUGUCUGGUGUGUGUGUUUCUGCCACAUUCAGAUCCUUUCUAGCUUGCAGAGUGGCUUUUAAAAUAAAAUAUAUAGCUAGAUCUCCAA